AUGGUUGCCGAUCCAAGGGCAAGGAUGAGUAAGUUUGUAUCGAGUUCUUCCAACUUAGUGGUCAAAGAAUGCCUAACCGCCAUGCUUAUUAAAGAGAUGGAUGUCUCCCGUUUGAAAGUGCAUGCACAACAAAUAGAAGAAGAAAAGCUUAAGGAGAAAACUAAGGAUUCAAAGAGGGCAAGAAGGGAUGAUGGUGAAUUCUCACAUUCAAGGUUCGAUGGAAGUGAUCAUUCUCAAGGUAAGGGAGGUAGUGAAAAAUGUGGCCCAAGUGCCGGAAGUGUGGGAGAAGACAUAAGGGUUCUAACCGGUUCAAACGCGUGUUUUGGUUGUGGAAAUACGGAUCAUAAAAUAAGGAAUUGUCCUAUGGUUGCUAGGAAUGAGGGAGAUAAUCGUCAAUGGACUCCACCCUACCAUUCCUCCGGUCCUAAUGGUGGUCGGAAACAAGAUAGGUUCUAUGUUUCUCAUACUCAAGAAGAUCAUGAGGUUCCCCAGAUGUGGUAA